AUGCUAGUGCUGGCAGUUCUUUGCGCUUCUGUCUACAUUGUGGCAUAUCCUAAUGACGACUUUGUGUACUUUGUGAGAAGUACAUUCGUAAUAUCAGGAGUGAACAUAAACGACUCGUCGUUCAUUGGCUUGUCUCUCAAGGCAGCUUGUCCAUUUUUCUUCAUGCAAAUGCCGUGCUUCUUUGCGAUAUUUCUCCUUUUUGCUGGCGUUGAUACUACACCACUCGUCACGAAUUCCGUUGAUGUCCUUAUCGCCUUGUCUCCACUGAUCAAUCCAAUCAUCACACUCGCUUUCUUGAGAGAUUAUCGAAAUUUCGUUCUUAUUAGACUUAGACUAAAGAAACCCUCGAACCAGCAACGAGUGACGAACAUUCACACGUUACGAGGAUCGAGGCACCUAAUAAGGACAACAAAUGUUAUGUUGUCGCGAGAUAUUCCAUUCUACAAACACAAGGAGCAUACCAAUAAUGGCACCAAGUUUCUAAAGAAAAGACUAUAA